AUGUUGACGUAUGAGAACCGUCAACCGGAGUUCGAGAACCCACAAUGCGAUAACAGGUGCCGAAGAAUUUGUGAAAUAUUGCACAAGUUGAAGGCGUACGAGGAAGACUCCACUGCCAAGUUCGUGAUUUUAAAGGGAAAUGGAAAAGCAUUUUGUGCAGGUGGUGAUGUCACAGCUGCAAUCAAUAUGAUAAUUUCAGGUCAUUGGAGCUUUGGUGGACGGUUUUACAGGAGGCAAUAUGCUUUAGACUACUUAUUGGCGACCUACAAGAAGCCUUUAGUUGCACUCAUAAAUGGUAUUGUUAUGGGAGGAGGUGCCGGAAUUUCGAUGCAUGCAACAUUUCGACUUGUGACUGAGAAAACUGUAUUCGCUAUGCCGGAGGCCGCAAUAGGACUUAUUCCCGAUGUUGGUGCAUCUCACUUCUUGUCUAGGCUUCCAGGCUUUUUUGGGGAAUAUCUAGGGCUGACAGGAGCUCGGCUGGACGGAAAUGAGAUGGUUACAUGCGGCCUUGCAACUCAUUUUGUGCAUUCAAAGGAUCUUGCUUCACUGGAACAUGCACUUGACGUGGAGGGUUCUUCGAAGGCACUAGAUGUGCCAGCCAUCUCCAAUAUUAUCAACAAGUUUGGACAGAAAGUAAGCAUAAAAAAGGACAGCCCAUAUAAUAGGUUGGAAAUUAUCAACGAUUGCUUCUGUAGAGAGACAGUCGAAGAAAUAGUUUCAAAGCUGGAGGGAUACUUAGCUACAAACAAUUCCGAGAAGUGGAUCACUGGGGCAAUAAAAUUCAUGAAGGCAGCCUCUCCUACAAGCCUUAAAGUUUUUCUCAAAUCGAUCAGAAAAGGCAGGAAGCAAAUACUUCCGCGGUGUCUUGUUCAGGAGUAUAAUGUUCUGUGCCACAUGUUGCGAAGAACAUUUCAUGACGAUGUCUUUGAGGGUUCAAGAGCGAUGCUAAUAGAUAAAGAUAAAAGACCCAAGUGGAAGCCUUCAAAGCUGGAGUUAGUGAGUGAAGAAAUGGUGGACGGAUUUUUCGACAAAGUGGAUGAUGAAGAAUGGGAGCCACUGCAACUUCCUCAUAGAUCCAUCGCCGCAUAUACAACGCAAAAUUCAAAACUUUAG